AUGUGCGGUAAAGGUUUUAUUGGAGAAACAUUUGAACAAGAAUGUCCAGAAGGGUUCUAUGGGCUUGAAUGCUCACAACAGUGCCAAUGUGAAAAUGGAGGAACAUGCAACCACAUAGAUGGCUCAUGCACGUGUACUGCUGGUUGGAUAGGACUAGAUUGCAAAUUCCCUUGUGGAGACAGCUCCUUUGGUCUACAAUGCCGGGAAGUUUGCGCCUGUCGAAACAAUGCUUCGUGCAACCAUAUCGAUGGGAGUUGUUUAUGCCAACCAGGAUGGAUAGGAGAUUUGUGUGAAAACAGAUGUCCAGAGGGACGUUACGGCAAUGCUUGUAAGCUUCUUUGUGGUUGCACAAGUGGUGGAUUGUGUAACCAUGUUGAUGGUUCAUGUAAUUGGUUUCCAGGUUGGACUGGCGUGGCAUGCAGUGCACGUUGCCAAGAUGGAUUUUUCGGACAAGACUGCCGACAGUUAUGUCAAUGCCAGAAUGAUGGCACAUGCGAUCACAUCGAUGGAAUAUGCACUUGUAAAUCUGGAUGGACUGGGGAAGUGUGUGCAGAAAAGUGUCCAGUAGGAUCUUAUGGGAACGAAUGCCUGCAACAGUGCCAGUGUGUUAAUGGAGGAACUUGUCAUCAUGUUAGUGGAGCUUGUUCCUGUGCUCCAGGAUGGCAAGGUGUCACUUGUGCUGAGCCCUGCAACAAAAACUUAUAUGGACAAGACUGCCAGGAGCACUGCCAUUGCCAGAAUGGUGCCAGAUGUGAUAAUCUAGAUGGGUCAUGCAUUUGCGGACCUGGAUGGAUCGGAGAGUUCUGUGAACAAGCGUGCCCUUUUGGACUUUUCGGAUCUGGAUGUUUCCAACAGUGUCGAUGUGCAAAUGGUGGAAUUUGCAGUCACAUCGAUGGGUCUUGUUCUUGUACUCCUGGUUAGACUGGACGGCGUUGUGGUGGGAGAUGCAGAGAAGGAUUCUUUGGUCACGAAUGUCAAGAAAUAUGCCAUUGCCUAAAUGAUGGUACAUGCGAUCACAUCGAUGGUUCAUGUACUUGUGAACCUGGAUGGAUCGAAGCCAUAUGCGAUGAAAGGUGUGUUCGAGGUUUCUUUGGACAAGAUUGUCUGGAACUUUGCGUGUGCCAGAAAAACGCAUCAUGCAGCCACAUCGAUGGAUCAUGUACCUGUUCGUCCGGAUGGGUUGGUGACAUAUGUAAUCAGCAAUGUCCUGAGGGGUUCUUUGGUAGUGAAUGCUUAGGGCAAUGUCAUUGUGAAAAUGGUGGAGCUUGCCAUCAUGUCGAAGGAUCAUGCCUCUGUACACCAGGCUGGGUUGGACCUACGUGUGGAGACUGGUGUGAAGAGGGUUUCUACGGCCAAGAUUUUCAAGAAACAUGCUCGUGCCAAAAUGACGGAACGUGUCACCAUGUCAAUGGAUUCUGUAUUUGUCAAUCUGGAUUCAUAGGAUCCAUGUGUGAAGAAACAUGCCCUCUAGGAUAUUAUGGGUACAACUGUGUGGACGCAUGUACUUGUCGUAACAUCGCAUCGUGCAAUCCAAUGGAUGGUUCGUGUAAUUGUCCUCCUGGAUGGGUCGGUUUACAGUGUAAUGAAUCGUGUUCAAGGGGUUACUAUGGACAUAUGUGUCAAGAGCCUUGUGGAUGUCAAAACGAUGCAGAGUGCAAUCACAUAGAUGGGGCGUGCACUUGUCAGCAAGGAUAGAUCGGGGAUUUGUGUGA